GUUGUGAAGGAACAACAACAGAAAUUGCAUGCUACGCCAUGCACUAACGUCGCAGGCAAAGAAAACUGACAGCAUUCAACUACGAAGCAAACGUUGCCUCUGAAUAGCAUUGAGGUCUCGCUAUCGAAAAUGUCAAUAUUCACGCCAACUAACCAGAUUCGACUGACGAACGUGGCAGUCGUCAGGACGAAGAAGGGCGGAAAGCGAUUUGAAAUAGCCUGUUAUAAGAAUAAAGUCAUGAAUUGGAGAUCAGGAGCGGAGAAGGAUUUAGACGAAGUCCUACAGACACCUACGGUGUUCAUCAAUGUGUCGAAGGGCCAAGUGGCAAAAAAGGAGGAUUUGUCCAAAGCAUUUGGGACCGACGAUUUGACGGAGAUUUGCAAAGAAAUUUUAGCAAAAGGAGAACUUCAAGUGUCAGACAAGGAGCGACAUAACCAGCUCGAACAGAUGUUCAGAGACAUCGCAACGAUAGUGGCGGAGAAGUGCGUCAAUCCGGAGACCAAGCGGCCAUACACCGUCAGCCUCAUAGAGAGAGCCAUGAAGGACAUCCACUACUCGGUCAAAGCAAACAAGAGCACAAAACAGCAGGCCCUGGAGGUGAUCCGGCAGCUGAAGGAGUCCAUUCAGAUCCAGCGGGCUCACAUGCGGCUGCGCUUCGUGCUGCCCGCCAAAGACGGCAAGCGGCUCAAGGAGAAGCUCAAGCCCCUCAUCAAGGUGGUGGAGGACGAGGACUUCGAUGAACAGCUGGAGAUGGUGUGUCUGAUCGAUCCCGGUUGCUUCCGGGAGAUUGACGAACUGAUCCGCUGCGAGACCAAAGGCAAAGGCACUCUGGAGGUCCUCAGCCUCAAGGACGUAGAGGAGGGCGAGGAGAGGCUGGAAUAGCGCAUCACUUCCUGUCCCGCAGGGCUCAUUAAACUGUCCGUGAGGAGGGAGGGCUUUUUCCUAUAUAUUGUUAAGGAAAGGUAAUUUGAUUACAUCAGACAGGUGCACGUCCUGCAAGGACCACUGUGGAAUAUGCUGUUAUUUUCUGUGAAAAUUGUACAAUGCCUUUUCAAAGGGGAAAUAUUAAAUAAAAGGAAGCAAAUGUUAAGGUGUUUUUCAGUGGUCAAUACUAGCGACUGAAUACCCAGCAUGGCUUUUACAAGCCUCACGCGGAAACCCCGCUACCUGUGCCUUGCUGAAUGUCUUAUUGCGCUCCUAAGGGUGUUGGUGCAGAGGAAGCGGAUUCCAGCUAGCAUGCUAGUGAAAAACCACGGGGUAUUACAACAUAACAAUAUUGGACUGUUAGAUGACAAGUGCUGAAGAGAUUUCACACUAAAAAUUGAUUGGGUGUGUCAUUUUUGGAGCAUGUGGUAUUGUCUUGAAAGAGUCCCAGGUUGUUUAGUUAUGAGCACAUUGCCAUUUAAACAUAUUAACCGUGUAAGUGUGUCUGUAUAUUCACUAUGCAAUAUACUACAUAUACUGUACACUGUACAAUAAACACUAUUCAUUAAAACCAUAUAUGAGUGCA